GCAUAAGAACGCGCCUUUGAACAUGAAAACAGACGUACGAACCCAAUAUCUAUAUGGAACUGGCUGUGCGCUGAUACAGGACGUCUUGAUACCUCUAUCUUCACUCUCCACUGACUUGUUAAAGCCAUGAGCAGAGCUGCUAUCUUCUAUGCACGGAGCCAACUUCAGCUCAAGUUCUCAUCAUUCAUGAGAGCAAUGUUCCAGAGAUGGGAUCUAAGUUGUCUCUUCCAAGGAGUCCGAAUUUGUUUGAAUGGCAAUGAUUUUACUAGUCCAUCUGAGCACCACAAGCUAUCCCUGCGAGGCGGAGAUUCUCCGUGCACACCGGCUAAAUGCACGGGAUGCCUCGAACCGUUUAUAUAGUGUCGGCAGCAUCCUCCUUGCUCUCUGAAUGCUGCAAGAAUCCUGCGUCUCGUGGGUAAUCGUUUUCUACCAUCGCCUGUGACCUUUGCAAGCAUCUUCCCUUGUCUUGAUCCGAAAUGUCUUCUGUCGAACAGCUGCCCAAGAUGGAAUAUCGAUUCCUGGGAAGAUCAGGGCUACAAGUUUCAGCGAUUUCUUUAGGAGGCUGGGUGACUUACGGUGAUGCUGUUGGUGAUGACAUUGCCUUUGAUUGUAUGAAAGCGGCUUACGACGCGGGGAUCAAUUUCUUCGACUGCGCUGAGGGGUAUGCCGAAGGCAGGUCGGAGAUCGUUAUGGGCAAAGCCAUCAAGAAGUUCGGGUGGAAGCGAAAUGACCUUGUUAUAUCCACCAAGAUCUACUGGGGCGGUGCUUUUGGAGACAAUCCUGUGAACAAUGGAGGACUCUCUCGAAAGCAUAUCAUCGAAGGCACAGAAGCAUCUCUCAAACGGCUGCAGUUGGAUUACGUCGACCUGCUCUAUUGCCAUCGUCCUGACAGGAACACUCCCAUUGAAGAGACCGUCCGAGCAAUGAACUAUCUCAUCAACACCGGCAAAGUGUUCUACUGGGGCACCUCUGAAUGGAACAGUGAGGAGAUUGCCAUGGCCUGGGCUUGUGCAGAGAAGUUGAACCUCAUUGGGCCUGUCAUGGAGCAGCCACAAUACAAUAUGCUGGCACGAGACAAGGUGGAAAGGGAGUUUGCUCUGCUGUACGAAAACUACGGCUUGGGCUUGACCAUAUUCAGUCCCCUCAAGACUGGAAUUCUGAGUGGCAAGUACAAUGACGGCAUCCCAGAAGACAGCAGAAUUGCCAAAGCCUCUGAUGGAUACACGACCAGUCAAAGAGAAGGUUAUGGAAAUGAAGAAUGGCAGAAGACUCUCACCCAGGUCAGACAGUUGAAGCCCAUAGCUGACAAGCUUGGGGUUGAUCAAGCAACUCUUGCAUUAGCGUGGGUGCUCAAAAAUCCUCGGGUCAGCUCAGCAAUUACCGGCGCCUCGAAGGUCGAACAGGUUUAUAAGUCAGUGAAAGCGUUGGGUGUGGUCUCUAAGCUAGAUGACGAAGCCAUGGCUGAGAUUGAUGCCGUUCUUGGGAACAAGCCGAGUCCUCUGUACAGAAGGUUGUAGAUCAAUUUGAGAGCGAUGAUUGACCC